AUCACAUAACAAAGAAAGACACAUCUCUCUCUAACACCAACUCUGUUGAAGUCUUCUCUCUCUUUCUCUGUCCACUCACCAACAACAACACCAUUUUCAACACCAAAACAGAGAAAGAGAGAGAGAGAGAGCUUCACAUGGGUCUCUGUUCUUCCUUUCUCUCUUCCACCUCUGAACCUCCCCAACCAUCUUCUUCCUUCAACAGACCUCUUUCCUCAGGUUCAACAAGCACUGUUGGAUUCUCUGCAACAACAAGCAGUGCAGGAAGGAGUCAAAUCUCCGAAAUAGCAAGUGGAAGCAUCGAUAGUGUUACUGAAGGGUCUCUUCGUGUACCUUCUUCCCCAGAUGGUCAAAUUCUUGAAAGGCCUAAUUUGAAGGUUUUUAGUUACGCUGACUUGAAAUCUGCUACCAGAAAUUUCAAACCAGAUACAUUACUCGGUGAAGGUGGUUUUGGAAAAGUUUAUAAAGGUUGGUUGGUUGAGAAAACUCUUGCUCCUGCUAAAGCUGGCUCUGGAAUGAUUGUUGCUAUAAAAAAAUUGAACUCCGAAAGCACUCAAGGUUUUCAAGAAUGGCAGUCAGAAGUCAACUUUUUAGGAAGGCUUUCACACCCAAACUUGGUGAAGCUAUUGGGUUAUUGUUGGGAUGAUGAAGAGCUUCUUCUUGUGUAUGAGUUCAUGCCAAAAGGAAGUUUGGAGAAUCAUCUUUUCAGAAGAAAUCCUAACAUUGAACCACUUUCUUGGAACACAAGAAUCAAAAUAGCUAUUGGUGCAGCUAGAGGUUUAGCUUUCUUGCAUGAGUCUGAAAAACAAGUUAUAUACCGAGAUUUUAAAGCCUCGAAUAUACUCCUUGACGGGAGUUACAAUGCAAAAAUUUCGGAUUUCGGAUUAGCUAAAUUGGGACCUUCUGGAGGACAAUCACAUGUGACUACAAGGGUCAUGGGCACAUAUGGUUAUGCUGCUCCAGAAUACAUUGCAACAGGGCACUUGUAUGUGAAGAGUGACGUAUAUGGUUUUGGUGUAGUGCUGUUAGAAAUCCUAACAGCCAUGAGAGCAAUGGACACAAAAAGACCAUCAGGACAACAAAACCUAGUUGAAUGGGUGAAACCUUUUCUAUCCAACAAGAAAAAAUUGAAAGGCAUAAUGGAUGGAAGAAUAGAAGGACAAUACUCACAAAAAGCGGCAAUACAAGCAGCAGCACUUUCUCUAAAAUGCCUAGAAAGUGACCCUAAACAACGUCCUUCUAUGAAAGAUGUACUUGAGUCAUUGGAAGCUAUUGAAGCCAUUCAAGUCAAGUCCAAGGAAUCCAGGAAAAAUAGUUCACAUCAACCACCAGUUCAUCAAGCUGCUAGGCACCAAAGAGUUGUGAGAGUAUAGUUUUUUUUAAAGAAAAAAGAAACUUAAGUUGAAUAGCAAAAUAUAAGCAGGAUCAGCCACUUAAUAGAUGUUUUUUUUUCCCUUUUCUGCUGGUUGGGGAAGGGUAGAUUAUUUUAUUGAAACUUUUUACUAUUUUAUGAUUUUUUUUUAUAAAUUAUUCAUAUUUUUGUAGAGUGGCAUAUACUCCUUUAUUUUAUAAGAAAAAUUGUUGAAAGA